AACACACUUCAUUUAUUGUAUGAAUGACGGCAAGAGCAUCAUCCCCUUCAAAGAUCACCUUUUUCCAGUUCUUCUAGAUUAGCCUAUUAGACAGCACAUUUUAACGCUACGGCUUCCAUAAGAAAAGAAGAAAGACAUAAGAAACAAAUGAAAUCUAGUUAAUCGUGGACACCACCGGACCAAAAGCUUCCUCUAUUAUUCCAGAUAUCUAGAGCAUCGUCAAAGUUAACUUUAACCUCAUCUGCCCCAAGUCUAGGAGUCAGAAAUUUGCUCACCGGAGAUCCAGCAUGAGGUUGAGUAAGAGGAUGGUUAUAUAUGGCUUCAAAUUCAUGGAAGCCACCGAUAGCUUUUCAGUUGGAUUUGCGGCGGUUGACGAGCUAUACUCACCCAAAUAGCCAUUCCCCGCCCUUAAAACCGAACCCUAAGUAGAGUACGAAAUGUUACGCCGCUCCUCUAGAGCAACCCUUGCAGCCGCUGCCCGCUACUUCUCGACGGAAGCGGCGGCGACGGAAACGGCGGAGAAGGCUGUUAGGCGCGGGGGAGAUACGCUAGGGAGGAGAAUAUUUAGCUUGGUGUACUCAAAACGGAGCGCUGUAAUUGCAAUACGGAAAUGGAAAACAGAAGGACACAAAGUGCAGAAGUAUCAGCUUAACCGAAUAGUAAGAGAGCUUCGAAAGAUGAAGCGUUACAAGCACGCACUUGAGGUCUGUGAAUGGAUGACACAAGAGCGUGAGUUGAAACUAUUGCCAGGUGAUUAUGCUGUGCAUUUAGAUUUAGUUGCGAAAGUCCGCGGUUUAACUAGUGCAGAGAAAUUUUUUGAGGAUCUUCCUGAUGAAAUGAGAGGCUGGCAAACAUGUACAGCUCUUUUACACACUUAUGUUAAAUGUAAAGAUGUUGUUAAAGCUGAAGCUUUGAUGGAGAAAAUGCGCGAUUGUAGUUUUGUGAAGAAUCCACUUCCUUAUAACCAUAUGAUUUCUCUAUAUAUUGCUGAUGGAGAAUUCGACAAGGCUAAAAGGAUUGUUGAAGAGCUCAAGAAAAGCACUACGCCUGAUGUUGUAACUUUUAAUUUGUGGCUAAGUAUGUGCGCUUCAUUAAAUGAUGUAGAAUCUGCGAAGAAAGUGUUAUUGGAGCUGAAGAAGUUGAAAAUUGAGGCGGACUGGAUAACUUAUAGUACAUUAACUAAUUUAUAUUUGAAAAAUAAACUACUUGAAGAUGCAGUAUCUACUUUGAAAGAAAUGGAGAAAAGGGCUUCAAGGAAAAAUCGAUUAGCAUAUUCUUCCCUUCUUAGUUUGUAUACAAACAUGGGAGAUAAAGAUGCGGUGCACAGAAUUUGGAAUAAGAUGAAGUCAUUGUUUUGCAAAAUGAAUGAUGCUGAAUAUACUUGUAUGCUGUCUUCACUUAUUAAACUUGAGGAGAUUGAAAAAGCAGAGAAUCUUUAUACAGAGUGGGAGUCAGUUUCUGGAACUGGUGAUCCUCAGGUUGCCAACAUACUUCUUGCAGCUUAUAUCAAUAGAAAUCAGAUAGAAGACAGUGAAAAUUUUUACCGUCGCAUGGUGGAAAAGGGUGUUUGUCCUUGUUACACUACUUGGGAGCUUCUUACAUGGGGACAUUUGAAAACUAAGCAGAUGGAAAAAGUUUUAGAUUGCUUUAAGAAAGCCAUUACUAUUGUUAAAACGUGGAGUCCUGACAAAAGGUUGGUUAGGGAAGUGUUUAAGAUUCUUGAGGAGAAAGGGAAUGCUGAAGGGGCAGAGGAAUUUCUUGUUAUGCUUCGGAAUGCUGGCUAUGUGAGUACAGAAAUAUAUAAUUCUCUUCUACGAACAUAUGCAAAAGCAGGAAAAAUGCCUUUAAUAGUCACAGAGCGAAUGAAGAAAGAUGGUGUUGAGUUAGAUGAAGAAACACAUAGGCUAAUAAAAACAACUAGCAGCAUGCGUGUGAGUGAAGUCUCAAGUUUCCUGUCUUAACCAAACAGGAAACUGGAGCAUUAGGAAUCGGAGAAUUGUGCACUUUGUCUUCUGCAUGUCCUAUUGCAGGAAGGGCCGGGCAGACCUUCUUGGCUAUCUCCUCUCAACUUAUACUUGAUCAGCCUUUACUUUAUGGAAGUUGUGCAAUACUGCAAUGUCAUGUUUGCUAGUUGUUUCUGCAUCAAUUCCUAAUGAAGGAUCUGAAGGAUGAGAGCUUAAACAUCUUUAAGGCCACUGAUUACACCCUGUUUCGAAGUUACAUUACGAAAGCCACCUAUCUGCUGACCAGGCAGAUGAGUGGUAAUUGUUGCUAUAAUUGUCUGAUUUCUCAAACCCAGAGCACUUCAUGAUGGACCAACUAUCCUGGAGGUUGAAUUUUGGCAUAGUUAUUUCAGUAUUCAACUACAUAACGAGGAAAAAGAAAAACAAGAAGGCGUCGAAGAUUAUAAGGAGAAUUUGGUAAUUUUCAAAAUCAACCUGAUUUUGCUUCUUAUUGCUAUAAUGCAUGCUCUGCUGUUUAUGGAGAAGCAUUGAACUGAAUUUUGUUCAGUUCAAUGGAAAAUUGAGCCGUUGAGAUAAAUUUUCUUAAAUCUCCUCGAUUUCAUUUUUGGUUUUCGAUGUUAAACUAUAAUAUUUUCAAAAUUUUAAUUCUGAGAAGUACUAUACAUCUCUUAUAUAAUUGAAUGGGAAAGAUCGAUUGAAUUGUUUUA